CUAGUCAUUUUCCUUUUCCUUUUUUUUUUUUGUGUUAAUUAUAUCCUCAUAAUAUUCCCAGCUUUUGCUUUAGCUCUGAUUUUCAUGAAGUGGGAAAGCAAUUCAUUAACUCUGAAAUGGUUUCAAAGAUAUUUUGUUUUUCUACAAAAUUUCCUUUUUGAAAUAAUUUCUACUUCAAUAUCUGUUGGUUGUAUGUGAUUUAAAUCAAAGGUGCCAGGAUGAGUUUAUUUUGAUUUGUAUGGUUGUGUUGAAAAUGACUGGUAGCUGUGCAUUCAUUGACUUCCUUUGUCCUCACCUGCAUAUUCACAAGCCAUAUAGUACUCUGUCCAAAAACAACUCAUUCUUACAAAAGAUCAUUGAUGACCAAAUCUAUCUUAAGUUUCCCAAAUUUAAAAUUCUAGAAAAAAUAAAAAUAGUCUUUUGAUGUUUGAAUUGCAGAAUUUAUGAUGCUUGUUUGCAUAUGGGGGUGAUAUAGAAGCCAAGCUAUUUUGGAAAUUCCAGGGUCCUCUCUAUUUGGAAGAAAGCUAAAUCCCAUGAAUACAAGAUGUUUGACUCUUCGCUUGUUCAAUCUGCUUUAAGCCAAAAUGAAGGUCAGCUAGAUAUUGUUAGUGAACUUCAAGACAAUAACUCAUCGAUAGAGGAAACAAGUUAUAAUGAAGAGACUGGAAGUGUUGAAUCAUGUUCUAAAAGCAGCGAUUUUUAUCCUUACAGGUUUCAACUUGAGCAGGAUGUACAUAGAUUGCAACAAAAGCUGCAAGAAGAGAUAGACCUGCAUUCUGUUUUGGAAAGUGCUAUAGAGAAAAAUGCUUCAGAAUUGUCGAGUCCUUCAUGCCUUCCGCACCAUGCUCAGGAGCUUCUAUCCCAUAUUGCUGUAUUGGAAGGUACCAUCUCAAAACUCGAACAGGAGAUGAUCUCUUUGCAUUUUCAACUUAGUCAAGAGAGAAAUGAACGGAGGCUUGCUGAAUAUCGAUUGAGGCAUUCAGUUUCUCCAUCAAUGUCACCAUCAUCAAGGUGUUUGCAGCACUCAGAUUCUGUAUUGCAUCAUUCCUCAGAUGAUAACUCAUGUCAAGAGCGUACUGACCACCCCUCAGAAUCUACUGGUGAUUCAUCGUCUUUGGAUUUGGUAAGAGAGAAGAAUGCAAUGGGCAUGAUUUUGCAUCAUGACGGGAAGAAAAUAUCUGCAAAGACAGAUGGCAAAUCUCUUCAACCUUUAAGGUUUGAGGAGAUUUCACGAGGGAUAACGCCUAAAGGCCUUUGGGAUCACCCUAACCGGCUAUCAGAAGAGAUGGUGAGAUGCAUGAGAAAUAUAUUUAUAUCUCUUGCAGAUUCAGCUGUACCUUCCAAAUCAUCUGCGUCUAAAAGCCACAGCUCAACUCUAUCACCUCGGGGACAUCUAUCAAAUUCAUCGUGGUGGACAUCAUCAGAACGUUCGACGAUUCCUUCUUGGGUGCAGAGCCCUCAAGUUGAUAUCCAAAGCAACUCUGAAGUUUUGGCUUCAGAGAAUUCCUUUGAUCCGUACAGAGUACGUGGAAAAUUAAGCUGGGCUGAAAUCGGAAAUUAUGGAUUAUCAACUGAAGUAUCUUGGAUGUCAGUUGGGAAGCAGCAGUUGGAAUAUGCAUCUGGGGCCUUAAGGAAGUUCAGAACACUUGUGGAGCAACUGGCGAAAGUGAAUCCUAUACACUUGAGUUGCAACGAGAAGCUUGCCUUUUGGAUCAACUUGUAUAACGCCCUAAUCAUGCAUGCUUACUUAGCUUAUGGGGUUCCAAGAAGUGACUUGAAGCUCUUCUCCUUGAUGCAAAAGGCAGCAUAUACAGUUGGAGGCUACUCCUUCAGCGCAGCUGCAAUCGAAUAUGUAAUUUUGAAGAUGAAACCACCAUUGCAUAGACCACAAAUUGCUUUGCUUCUUGCCCUUCACAAACUGAAGGUGUCAGAUGAGCAACGCAAGUCUGCAAUCGAUACAUACGAACCACUCGUAACUUUUGCACUCAGUUCUGGGAUGUACUCAUCACCUGCGGUGAGAAUUUACACUGCUAAGAAUGUUAGGGAAGAGCUGGAAGAAGCACAACGCGAUUUUAUACGAGCUUCGGUUGGGGUUAGCAGCAAAGGGAAGCUAUUAGUUCCGAAGUUACUGCACUGCUUCACUAAGGGCUUUGUGGAUGAUUCCAAUUUGGCAGUAUGGAUAUCUCAUUACCUGCCACCAAAUCAAGCUGCCUUUGUGGAGCAAUGCAUAUCACAAAGGAGGCAAAGCCUUCUUGGAUCUCGAAACUGCGGCAUUCUUCCCUUCGAUUCACGCUUCCGUUACUUAUUCUUGCCAGAUAAAAACAUUUCAAUCCAAUGAUAAUAUGUCGAUAAUAGGUUUUACAUCUCCUUGCUUGUUGAGUUGAAUCACACAGAGAGUAAGGUACAAAAAUUAGUGAAUGGUAACAUAUAAUUCCUUGAGAAAGACCAGGGUGAUUAGCAGUUUUGGUGUGUCCCCAUGCAUCAAGAGUGACAAUACUUGUUUUGUGUGGUGUACAUUUUCUUCAUGCAUGGCUAAUGCACCUGCUUUAGCUGUAGUAUUUUCUGUAUCCAACAAGGUUAGAAUAAAUACUUCUCGGCCUAUAAUCAAAUCGUCUCGUUUAUACUCUAA